GGGGUUUGGCUCCGGCUUUUUUCAUUGUGCUGUCGGUACGGCAUCAGCUUCAUCUCUGAGAGUAGUAGGGCCGCCGCCACUGAGGGCAAGGCCAAAAAACCAUGCAGUCACCAGGGCACAGAUUUCACAAUGCUGAGCACCACCUGCUUCUUGCUGAAAAUGACAGCUACGAUUCCUCUUCCUCAGAGGCCAACAUGGCAGACAGGGUUUGGUUCAUCCGAGAUUGCUGCGGUAUGGUCUGUGCUAUAAUGACAUGGCUUCUGGUUGUCUAUGCAGACUUUGUAGUGACUUUUGUCAUGUUGCUGCCUUCCAAAGACUUUUGGUACUCAGUGAUCAAUGGUGUUCUCUUUAACUGUUUGGCAGUACUAGCUUUGUCAUCACAUCUGAGAACUAUGCUGACUGAUCCAGGGGCUGUACCCAAAGGAAAUGCCACUAAAGAAUACAUGGAUAAUUUGCAACUGAAACCAGGAGAGGUGAUCUACAAAUGUCCAAAGUGCCGUAGUAUCAAACCUGAACGUGCACACCAUUGCAGUAUUUGCAAACGAUGUAUUCGAAAGAUGGAUCACCACUGCCCAUGGGUGAAUAAUUGUGUGGGGGAGAAAAAUCAGAGAUUUUUUGUUCUGUUUACGAUGUAUAUAGCCCUAAUUUCAGCUCAUGCGCUCAUACUGUGUGGGUUUCAGUUUUUCUCCUGUGUCCAAGGGCAGUGGACUGAAUGCAGUGACUUCUCCCCACCUGUAACUGUGAUCCUGAUGAUCAUCUUGUUCCUUGAGGGUUUUCUGUUUCUCACUUUCACUGCAGUCAUGUUUGGCACCCAAAUCCACUCAAUAUGCAAUGAUGAAACGGAGAUUGAAAGACUGAAGAGUGAAAAGCCAACAUGGGAGCGGAGACUACAUUGGGAAGGAAUGAAAUCUGUUUUUGGGAGUCAGCCUUCACUCCUGUGGAUCAAUCCUUUUGCAGGAUUUCAAAUCAGGCGACUUCUACUGAGAGCAAAGAAAGGAGGACCUGAGUUUUCUGUUUGAGUCUAAUUAUGCUUGAACUUACAAGAAUACUAUAUAAUAUUUAUUGGGGGGGCAGAGAAGGCUGUCUACAUAUAAUCUGUGACCAGGUGAAACUGAUAUCAGACAUUUGCUUGUAGCAAGCAGAGUUUUAUACCUUUAUCAUCACAGACAUCUCAUUAACUUUUAGAGAUGUGAACUGGAUCUGUAAUGGUCUUAACAGCAAGAUAACAAAGGAAAUGCACAUGGUCACACUAAAGAAGCCAAAUGUUGUCAUGCUACUGUAAUUUAUUUUGAGAUUAAUUAUCCAUUUUUGUUAAACCCUUUUGAUUUCAUAAAUGUUUGGAGAAUUACCUGUGUGUUUUUAUAAAAAGCAUACACUUGGGUGCAGUUGUCAAUCAUAAGGAGGAGUAUUAUGGUGAAAGUUGAUCUUAAAUGAGUGUUUCAGGUUCGUAGGAUUCCCGUGUACAAAGACUGGACACCAAACGCAAUAUAAAUAAUUAAAUGCUCUAGUCUAUUUAUUGAGGUAUUAAUGUGAAGCAAAUAUAUAUAUUAAUGCGAAGCAGGUUGCAUACAUACUGACCCCUGGUUGAACGGGGUACCGCUGAGCAGCAGGAGAUUGAACAUGUUGCCCAGUUGGAGGGGUGGAAGGCAGUGCAUCCAUCGUCAAGGAGUCCCCCCAGUCAAGAUGCGUAUCUGGCUUUCUCACCUGUCUGUCCCUGCACAGGUCCUCAUAUCCAUCCU